AUGGCCGAUGAAAAGAAACAGAAUCCCUUCGAGAACAUGGGACGUUCGUAUGAGGGAGAGGCAGCAGAUCAGCCUCCAGCAUAUACAGCUCCAGGUCCCUCAACACAACCAAGCCAAUCACCACCAUUACAAGAAACCCCUUCUCAAACAAACCACAAACCAAUCGCAAUUCCAGCAAUCAUGCCUUCCUCUGAUUCUCCUUUCAUCCGCGCAUAUCCACCCGCCCUAAAAAAUCACCAACUCCCCAAGGAAUCUUUCCUCGCCUUUUUAGAUCAGCUGAACAAAGACAUAGCCGCUAGUCCGCCCCUCCAAGUCCUGGAUGCAACAGGCGGCAUCUUGAGCUCCGUCCCGAUCCUAUUCCCGUUGCACUGGAUUGGGUCCGCUGUCAGUGGACUUGCAAACUUGGGAAGUCAAGGCAUGUCCAAAAGCCGGACAGACUCAUCCAUCAAAAAAGCUAAUAAGGACAUAUUCGGUCCACGUGGCUUAAGAGUUGAAAUUGCGAAGCUGGAUGCGCUGGCACAUGUUGCAAAGCUACCUAUAUUGGAUUCUCAGGGCAAGGUCAAUCGACAGGCGCCUUUGUUUUUACAACUACAGAAUGAGGCGUCCAUGGCCAACGCUGAGGCCGACGAAAGGCAGCAACAGGAGCUUAAUUUGCAGCAGAGGAUCAGGACUUUACAGCCCUGGAUUGCUGAGCUUGAAUUUGAGAUCUUGCCUUGGUCUUCUAAGUCCAAGUUGACGCGGUUCAAUGCGUCGUUGAAGAAGUAUAAUAACGAGCCGAGGGAUCAGGAGAGGAGAGGCUUGGGUAGACGAGGGGAGGUUCUCAUUCAAGAGAGUGUGCAGGAAGAAGCCUCUUUUAGGAAGGCAUUGUGGCUUGUUGUUCAGGAGGUUGAGACAGACGAAAGGCGAUAA